CCUUCCACUGAUGCAGUUAAAUAGGUGUGGAAUCCAGCUUUGGCAUCAUUAGACACAACAAUGGACUGGGCAACUCUUGCAGGAGUGGCAGUGGGAGCAGUUGGAACAGUGGCGUUAGCCCCAGUUGUGGUGUCAGCAGCGGGUUUCACUGCUGGAGGCAUAGCCGCAGGAUCCGCCGCCUCUUGGAUGAUGUCUGCAGCAGCUGUGGCUAAUGGUGGAGGAGUGGCCACUGGCAGUGCUGUUGCUAUCCUUCAGUCCAUUGGGGCAGCCGGGUUGUCUGGCUCUGCGGCAACAGUCGUGGCUUCCGUAGGAGGUGUGCUGGGUGGAGCCAUUGCAGACGCUAUGACAUAGAGUGGCACAGCCUUAAUUUAGCUCUGUCGUUGAGUAAGAAAGUCUU